GGUCACUCAGAGUCCCUGCCCCCUGUUUUACCUUUAACUUUUUAUUAUAGUAUGACAUCAGGCGGGGCGCUGCAACACUUAAGUUCCAGAGACGGACCCUAACAUCAUCUGCGAGCGUGUUAUUGGUCCGACGCGUAAAUAACCGGGGAAAUUCGUGGAGGAAAAGUCUAAGGAUAUAUGUAUUUUUCUAAGAACGAAGUUGUACAGGAGGAGGUGAGAAGGGCAGCGGCAGAGUGUAAGAGACAUAGAGGGAGAGAGGCAGGGCGAGAGAGAGCGAGUAAAAAAGAAACUCAUCGCAAUUAAUAAAGUGUUGGCAGUGGUGUCUGGAAAACUGGCCUGUUUUUUUUUUUUGGAGGCUGGCAGUUCAAAGUUGAAACGUCAGAAAUGACUCCAGCAGACCGCUGAGAUGAUCAUCAAGGGAGGUAUAGAUCGCAUGGCUGAAGAGUCCGGGCGUCCAGGUGGAGGUCUGAAGAAGAUGCUGGAUGCCAUGGAAGCCCCCAGUCAUGCCCGUCACCUCCUCCUGCAGCUCAACACGCAGCGCACCAAGGGCUUCCUGUGUGACGUCAUCAUCGUGGUGCAGAACGCCCUCUUCCGCGCCCACAAGAACAUCCUGGCCGCCAGCAGCCUCUACCUGAAGUCCCUUGUCGUCCACGACAACCUCAUCAACUUGGACCACGAGAUGGUGAGCCCGGGGGUCUUCCGGGUCAUCCUGGACUACAUCUACACCGGUCACCUGGGCGAAGAUGAGGCCAGGUCCGGUUCCGGCACCGAGCCCAGCCUGACGGCAGUGCUGGCUGCUGCAAGCUACCUGCAGCUCCUGGACCUGGUGGCACUGUGCAGGAAGAGGCUGAAGCACAACGGGAAGUGCCACCUGCUUCCCACAAGUGAUGCUGCCCCCUAUGGGAGGCUUAGGGGAACAGGCCGAUGCGGGGAGUCUACGCCUGUCAUCCAGUCCUGUUUCCCCGGUGGUAUGACUAAUAGCCGGAGCUCCCGUGGGCACCCGCCAGAGGAGUUGGUUGCCCAUCCUCUGGUCCCGCAGCAGGGGGAGCUUUAUGCACCAGCCCCCUCCUCCCCGAGCCAGCAGGUCUUCCCUGGCACUCCUCCAGGCCUUCAACCCCAGGCUAGCAUGCACACCCCCAGGCCCGAGAGGGUUCCGUCCCCCUAUUUCGGACUGGACUUAUCCAAGAAGAGCCCUGAAUCGCAGUCCCAGCAGACACCCUCCCAUCCUGGUCUGUCCCUCACCCACCUGGGGGCCGAGGUUAACGGGGGCCUAGGUCAUGCAGGCAGAGACUCUGUUGAUAUGGAGACUGAGGAAAGGGUGGGCUCCUUCUCCCCCAAAUCAUCCCACCCUCACCUGGGCCAGGAGUUGCUGGCCCACCUUCCUCACCUUUACCGGCCACACUCCCUUGGACAGGAAGUGUACUCCAUCCUGCCCGGCGCUGGACCUGAUGCACCUGAGGAUGGGGAGGGCCUGAGGGGCCUGUACCGCUGGGUGAAGCGUGAACCUGCCUCAUAUUCCAUGGAGGACGAAGAGGAUGAGGAAGAGGACGAGGAGGAGGAAGAGGACGAUGAGGAUGAGGAUGAGGAAGAGCGAGGUCAGGAAGGGGCACGGCGGCGGCGGCGGCGCAAACGAGGCGGGGAGAAGCUGGGCGUCAGUGGAGAGGAUGAGAGGAGCGGCUCGGCCAGUGAGGAGACGGGCAGCAGUGAGGACCGGCCAUCACCCCCGGCAACACUGGAGCGCUUCCGGCUGGCCUGUGAGCCUCAGAGCUUUGGCGACAACCUCUAUGUGUGCAUCCCCUGCGACAAGGGCUUCCCCAGUUCUGAGCAGCUUAACGCCCAUGUGGAGGCGCAUGCUGAGGAUGUCAACGGCACGGAGCCGCCAUUUGGGCAGCCGCUGGUGGAGCCGGGCCAUGAUGAAGGCGAGGUGAAUGGGCCUGGGGAGGUUGGCCCGGUGUACUCAGGUAGCAAGCGAGUUCUGGCCGGGCCAGGGGAGACAGUGCGGCCGUACCGCUGCGCUUCCUGCAGCAAGUCAUACAAGGACCCAGCGACGCUGCGGCAGCAUGAGAAGACGCACUGGCUGACGAGGCCGUACCCCUGCAGCAUUUGCGGCAAGAAGUUCACGCAGCGCGGCACCAUGACGCGCCACAUGCGCAGCCACCUGGGUCUCAAGCCGUUUGCCUGCGACGCCUGCGGCAUGCGCUUCACGCGCCAGUACCGUCUGACGGAGCACAUGCGCAUCCACUCGGGCGAGAAGCCCUACGAGUGCCAGGUGUGCGGUGGCCGCUUCGCCCAGCAGCGCAACCUCAUCAGCCACAUGAAGAUGCACGGCGUGGCAGCCGCGCCCCCCCGUGCCGACCUAUCGGAGGGUGUGCACCCACUGAGCCGCUACGCCGCCGAGCGCCUGGGCCUCACCUCUGACCGCGCAGCUGAGCUACUGUCCCAGGCCUCCCAGCGCUUACUGGCCGACCCCAAGGCCUCUGAGGGCCUUUACCCGCUCUCCAAGCUGGCUGCCCAACACCUGGGGCUCCUCCACGACAAGAUGGAGGCCCUCCGGCUGCCGGCACUGGGACCUCCAGCUCCACCCCCUGCCCCUGAGCCACGCGCCAUUGGUCGGUACUCCCCCAGCUAAGUGGUGGGGUCCCAUGACUCUUGAGUGUAGGACCCGCCUCUGGGGGGCAGGACAGGGAGCCUCCCAGCAUUGUUUCCAUUUUCUUAAAGACCAGACAAACGAAAGACCAGAAGAAAACAACCUGAGUGCCUUAGCAUCAAACACCAGUCAUUCCUUGAACGUUUGAACAACGUUUUCCAGGGACCAUCAAUGCACACACCAGCUAUUGAGCCAAAAAAUAAACGAGCCAAAUACAUAAACAGAAGAGGGACCAAAUGUUGGAGAUCAAAGCUCCAAAUGGAAUCACGACGGCGGUAAUGGCCGUGGCCUGAAGUUGUUUAACAUGUGACAUCACAGCGACAUCACAAUUAUGUCAUGUUGAGGUUUGGUGACAUCACUUUGUCAUGUUAUGCCGUCGCAUGUAUAUGUUGUUUGCGGUAGCGGUAAUCCUGAGCUUUCCGGUGCCCCCAGCUUUAAUACCUGGGAAUUACGUCUGUGGUACUCUGGUUAGGGUGGGUGGGGUAGGAGUGGAGGCAUUUCCUAGCGGAGUGUACGUGUAGCGUCGCUCGUGAAUUGGUGGCGGCACCCAGCCCCUCUCACCUCAGUUCCCUCCUGUAUUGUCCCGUCCGGCCCUUCUUAUAAAGCACUUUGUUUACAGGAACCAGUUGACCGGAUGGGUUCUGCAGCACAAUCAGUACCCCCCCCCCCCCCAUCUCCAACUGGUGCGUAAUUCAUAAAAAAAUUAGAUCUCACGACACUUUACACCCCCUCCCCCUGGUCACUUUAAGUUCCCCAGCCAGGCCAGUCGCCUGCCUGCACUAGAACUGUAACCACUAUAGCCAGUAAAGUACUGUGAUAAGCCUGCCUCCCGCCCUAACAGCUGUGGAGCUGGACAUGAAACAGGCGCGAAAGAACAGGAAUCAAAAUCCAAAAAGUAACAGGAGAAACAAGAAACAGGAUUAAAUACGAGGAUGAAAAACAGAGGGAAACGCAGGAGGCCGAAGCCAAAGGAGACAACGUGCAUCCAAGAAAAGAAACAGACAGUGUGUGUUUGCUUGAGGGCCCAUUGGAGCCCCUCUCAUCCGCUUUCCGUAGCAUUCCAGCGUGCCUUCUCACCACAGUGGCUUCUGCUGAACAUUCUGCGCCCAGGGUUAGUUCCCGAGAUUUCGGGUUCACCGUCCCUGCAGGUGACGUCCAUUAACGGUCCGCGGGCAUCCGUCUCUGCUUUCUGUUAAGCGUGGUAUUGUCCGAAUUAUAAUCCCUAUUUUUAAAGCAACAUUUCCUGCAAGAUGCUGAGUUUAAUUAUCUUGUUAUAUUCAUUUGUUACAUUUAUAUUUAAACCUUUUAUACCCCUUGUUGUCAAUCAUUUGAAGGAGCCUGAAACUUCUUAAAAGUCUGUUACAAUAUAACAUUAGCGAGAUGUAUUGCGAUAUGUGCAUUAUAUGUUUUUUCUUUACAUAUACUGUAUAACAUUUAAAAUAAUGCCUUUUAUUUUGUGAGUGCAUUUUUUUAUUAUGGUAUUUUAAAUAUAUUUUGUAAAAUGCUGUUAUGUGGGAAACAUUUUGUUAAUGCUAUUUUUGGUUGUGACAAUGAGAAUUUGUGGGUCACAUGACUGUGACGUGACAUCGGAGGAGAUAAAUGUGUGACUAUAAGGUGACUAACUCCUUCUCCUCAGGACCUGUGAAUGUCUCAUUAGGUCUCUGUUUAAGAUCAGCUAAUAACCUGUGGGAUGGCCUCAAGAGGCUCUUGAGCACCUCCUGGAGACGGACGCCUGAACCCAUCUAUGCGUUAAAACAUUUAGUCAGAUUUUCUGAUACUACAACCAAUGCAGUGGAGCUCUGUUACAUUACGGCCCCUGAAUGGUGGACAAGGGUCGUUUGCUGCAGAAAAACAGAUUUGCACAUCAUUUACACAAAAAUCUACUUGCUGCAAAUGUUCGUUUUUGAAAGAAGUCGUUAUCAUGGACUGUUCCGUAUUAUGGGUUUGCCAUCAUGUUUCAUCCUGAGUUUGAGAAGCAGACUGGAAUGCAUAGCUAAAGUAAUCACGGAUUCCAGCCUCCGUCUAUCAGGAAAUGCUGGGGUUGAAUUAUGAGUUUUCGAGGAGGCGUUUUAGGGUUGGGUUUGCAGUUUGGAUGGAGUUCUGGGUGCGGCGAUAUCGAGUUCUUGAGCUUUUGAGAAGGUCCAUGUGGUGGUUAUGGGACCAUAUGGCACCCAGAGGAGCUCCAAGCGUCCAGGAGAUCAGCGGCAGGGACCCUGAGCAGACACCCUCCCCCUCCCUCAAUCCCAUGACCAUUUGUUCACCCCCUUGCCUGUCCAGCCAAACGCCGCAGGAAAAUCAAACGGAGAAUGUUUCCAUUGCUACUGAGGGUCCCUGGAGGGGGGGGUGACGGAGCGAGAGAGGAAGAGCAGAAGGCAGAGGCUUUGAGCUUGUUCUGUGUUGACUUUGGUGGCUUCUGGGAGUGUCCGUAAGCCAGAGUUCGCUUUGGGGACUGGGGAAGCAGGCGUUCGAGGCUAGGGGGGGCAGUCAGUGGCUGUGAGGAGAGCUCAGUGUGUGAGAAAAUGACUGAACCCUUAGCAAUGUGUGUGAAAAAGCAACAGCAAGUGUAUGUUUAGGGAAUAGGGUGUGUGUGUGUGUCUGUAUGUGUUGGACUGAGAGGGUAAGAGAGUGUGGGACGAUAUUUUCUGGCUCAGCAACAGUCUUGGACAGGAUGUGCUGUGUGUGUGUGUGUCAGUGUGCGUGUGUGUGUGUGUUUAUGGGGGGGGGGGGGGUCUGCGGCCAGCCAGCAAAGAUGGGAGAUACACAUAGAGUGGCUUCAGAGGAAUAGAGAUGGGGGGGGGGGGCAUUAAUGGAUGCGUGACCACGGUGGGGAGGGGGGGCAUUGUUUGACAGAGGAAAUGCAGUGCAUCCUUUCAACCCCACCCUGUCCCUACACUUCUUUUGUCCUCUUUAGAGCAGGUUCUGCUAUUAGUGAGUAUUUAUCACCCCCCCCCCCAACAGUCUUGGGGGACUGAGACUGAUGUAGCCUGGCUGCGUGCUGGGGACCUUGGGGUCUGGGGACCUUGGGGUCUGGGGACUUUGGGGUCUAAACCCGGCUCACUCGUUCUUUGGUCUGACCUGCCGUUUUUUUAAAGCUUCGCCAGCCAUUGUCAGGUCACGGGUGACACUUCCUAUCUGCCAAAAAAAGCUAGCAGUUCUGCGGAUUGUGGCCCCCAUGGGAAAAGAGCCCAGGGCCGCGUUAGCGUGCGGUUCCCUCCUGGGCCUGGUGGGCCCCCCCCCCCCCCCCCCCCCCAAAGCGCGAUUGUCUCGGGCUCCCCAGCUGUGUGUGUGUCCUCAAACAACCCAUCACUCUGUUUUCAGCCCUGUGCUGAUGGUAGACGCGUGGGGCUAUUUUUCUCCCCAAAAUGUACGCGUCAGCUGUGACCUUCUGUUACCGGGUGGCAAUCGACUUCGCAGGGAAUGCGAGAGAAGCUGGAGUGAGGGACCAAGGGGAGCCCAGGGGGUAGAGAAUGACACGUUUCCGCACGGCGCGUGGACGUGCCCGGAAGCCCUCAUGUGGGCGACGGCAAGCAUGCCAGAAUCGCUCCAGAAAUAAAGCUGACUUGCUCUCCUUUGGCCUGUCCCACUGUUUUGCAUCCCACAAUGCACUGGGGGCUGACCACUGUUCAGAUUGCUACAAGUGCUUAUCAGUGGGCUUGAAAGCAGUUGGUGUCUCACCAGUGAGCUUGCCAGACCUUCAGGUUGCUGUCUCUAGCAUCUCACUGGUAUUUAAAGAAUGGACCCCUGUCAUGUGACUUCUUUCUUCAUGUACUCCUGUCACAUGACUUCUUUCUUCAAGGACCCCCCUUCUGUCACAUGACUUGUUCUUUGCUCAAUUAUACAUGAUUUUCAUAGCAGGAUACGUGGCCAGAAAUGGAUAAAAGCAUCCAAAAUACGUAACAUGAUACAGAAACAGACGGGUAAAAGAUAGGGAUUUGAAAAGAUGAAAGACGCAGGAAGGCCAAUUACAUAUAUAGAUGUGAAAGCAAUGAGUGUUUAUUAAUCUCUGACGUUGUUAGUGUUAAAAUGAGCGAUUUCGACUUUUGAACGACGACACCUCCAUGCACUUGUUUGAUGGAACACAGUGUCAAAGGACCAAAGAGAACGUUUUUCUCCUGUAACUUGCUCCAAUUAUUUUCAUUUAAAACCAUGAAUGUAAUGGGAUUUACUGCAUGACGGUCGUCUUUGUAUCGCUUUUAAUUGUGAAUUCACUUUUUAUCACUUUGCAAUAUGAAAUGCAAAUAUAUUUUUAUUGGGUCCAAAUGCCGCAGUGAAAUUGUAAAUAUAUAUAUUUUUGGUUGCUGUAUUCAGGAUGAAAUUGGCAAUAAAAAUGACAGCAAAUUAA